AAAAUAUUAAGUAAAACUGAAGUCGGAGAGGGUGAGUGAGAUGACGACGAGAGCAGUUGAAGAGAAAGAGAGAGUGUGUGUGACUGGAGCAGGAGGUUAUGUAGCUUCAUGGCUGGUCAAAUUUCUCCUUUUGAAGGGAUACAUGGUCCAUGGAACAGUUAGAGACCCAAGUGACGAGAAGAACGCUCAUCUGAAGAAAUUGGAAAACGCUUCAGAGAAUUUGCAACUCUUCAAGGCAAAUUUAUUGGACUAUGAAGGUCUUUGUGCUGCCAUUGCGGGCUGCACUGGGGUUUUCCAUGUUGCUUGCCCUAUUCCUGUAGGAAGUGUUCCAAAUCCUGAGGUAGAUUUGAUUGAACCAGCUGUGGUUGGUACACGGAAUGUACUUGAUGCUUGUUUGAAGGCAAAAGCCAAAAAGGUUGUGGUUGUUUCAUCUAUAGCUGCUGUUGGACUAAACCCAACUUGGCCAAAGAAUCAGGUCAUGGAUGAGAAUUGCUGGUCUGACAAGGAAGCUUGCAAGGCAACUAAGAACUUUUAUAGCCUUGCCAAAACAAUGGCAGAGACUGAAGCUUUGGAGUAUGCAGAGAAGGGUGAACUUGACAUUGUGACAGUUUGUCCAUCAAUUGUGAUUGGGCCAAUGCUGCAACCCACAAUCAAUGCCAGUAGCUUACUGCUCCUAGCUCUUUUGACAGAUGGACAUAAAACGGUGGAAGACACAGAUCGACCCCUCGUAGAUGUACGCGAUGUGGCGGAGGCGCUUUUGCUGGUUUAUGAGAAGCCUGAAGCAAAAGGAAGAUAUAUAUGUACUUCGUAUCAAAUCAAAAUGCAGGCACUGGUGCACAAGUUGAAGAGCAUUUUUCCAAACUAUAGUUACUCUAAAAGUUUCACUGAGGAUGACUAUGAAGCAAAUCUGAGUUCAGAGAGAUUGCAGAAGCUGGGAUGGAAGUACCGGCCACUAGAAGAAAUCCUUAGAGACGCUGUCAUGAAUUAUGAAGAGAAGGGCAUCCUCCAUAAAGCUUAGAACAGCUGGUUUUACUGAUAAACCAUAUUCAUGUCAUUUCAUGGUUGAGAAAUCAAUGUUGCUAUCUUCUGUUCUCUUUAAAUGCAGUUUGAAAUAAAUUUCGACUUACACCAUCAUU